GCAUGUGAAACAUGUGAUGGACUUUAAACUGUGACUAUUCAGUUAAGUUCAUCCGGAGCGACUUACCUCGUGUGCCUUUUUUGCAUAUUAAUAUAUGGUCGCUCACUUUGUUAACGUUUGCUGAACACAUUUCAUCGCUUUCCAGCCUGCUGGCAAGCAGUGGCUAGACAGAAUGCUUGGGCGAGGAUGCCUGUCCAAGCUUACAUGGGGUGUUAUUCUUAGACAAAGGAUGGGGAAUUUGUCAUCGUCAACAUCCGGAGCUCUGUCAGGCACAUCAUGUACUCGGUUUGUUCAGGAUGUGGUGUCUCAUAACUGUGUUGUCAUAUUCUCUAAAACAUCUUGCCCAUACUGCAAGAUGGCCAAAAAUGUGUUCAAUGAAAUAGGUGCGACAUACAAAGUGAUUGAAUUGGAUCAGCACACUGAUGGUAGACAGCUCCAGGAGGCUUUGGCUCAAAUGACAGGUGCAAAGACGGUUCCCCGAGUCUUUAUCAAUGGCCAGUGCAUCGGCGGAGGCUCAGACACUAAGGAGCUGCACCAGCAGGGAAAGCUGCGGCCAUUAAUAGAACAGUGCACCCAGUGCUGUUCCUCAGAGGGCUCUGGCUCCGGCUCCAGCAGCGGGUAGCCUCUCUCCAAUCAUAAUAAAAUCAUUCACUAACUUCUUGUGACAUGUUGCCCCAGCCAGAGCAAUUAUUUAUUAGAUGUGGAUACUUUUUCUUUUUGAUGUAGUGUAUAUUUGUGUUAAUUUUAACUGUAAUGCAUGACAUUAGCCUACCUCAUAAAUCAGGGAUGUAAAGCUAUAUUUUAAUAAAUGCUUGUCCAACAACAUGGCUUGUGCAUCACCUUUUCAUCUAAGUUGUACUUGUUUUCUGGUUAUGUGGACAGAGGUCAUGUUAGUGGCAAACAACUGACUUUGUAAUAGUAUUUCGAUUGCUAUUGUUAUUUUACAUGAUGUACAAUAAAUAUGGUGGUAAGACAUGUAA